GAGCUACGGGAGCGGGAGACCUGCUUGCCCUGCGACACGCCCAGCCCAGCCGCCGACAUGAUGCGCCGCGGGCCCUUCUCGCACAUGGACUUCAGCGGCUCCGUGGCGCCGCGCGCGGCCAACGGCCCAGCGAGCGUCGAGGACUGCGCUCAGCUGCGGCGGCGGAUUCGGUGCUUUCUGCAGGAGGGCUUGGCCACGAUGGAGGACAACGUGUUCUGUUUCGUUACACACAAGGCGUGGCUCCGCGAGCUGGAGCGCGGAGUGCUGGGCUACCCCGAGGCCUCGGAGUUCGGGUGCGGCGAGGUGCGGGUCUACGACGUGGCCCUGACUGCGGACGGGACGGUCGCGGCCGUCCUGCGGCACAGCCGGGCGCAGCCGUGGGAGCCCCGCGCCCAGGAGGAGCCGAGCCCGCACGCGCACCUCGCCAAGUACACCGGGUGCGUCCCGCGAAGCCCACCUUCCCCGCCGCCUAUCGCGCUCGAGGGUGGCUGCAUGGUGCGGGUGUUUUAA